AGAACAAGCAGCGUCGCACCCGAAUAGGGACCGUGUCUUGGAAGCCACUUGAGACAUUUUCCUCCGUCUGACAGCCCCUCUCAAUGAGCAGAGAGGUCGAAAAGAAGCCUAUAUAAAGGAUGGACUCUCAGAGUCGCUUUCUCGUCCUCCUCAUCACGACAAGCACAUCCAGCAACGCAUCUCAUCAGAACCAUCGCACUUCAAGAUGCUCUUCAGCGCCUUCUUCCUCGGUCUCGUGGCCACCACCAGCGCCCUUCCCCUUGAGCCGCGCAGUGCACCCGCGCUCCAGUGCAGCACGGAGGUCAUGCGCUCGGGCCCCCUUAAUUACGGAGAUCCCCAGUACGGCAGCACCCUUGGUCAGCUUGGUCUGUUCACCGUCGAUGGCGAGCAGCGCGUCGUUGAGGCCUACUCGGACACGACCCCGCUCAGGGUGGCACAGAUCCAGUGCAAUUCCACCUACCUCAACUUCAGCAAGUCGUCCACCUUUGGAACGGACACGCCUGUCAGGCUCGUACUUGAGGAUGACCACACGCAGUGCCUUGGUCUCAAGGUAGCCGACGGUCAAUCGAAGACUUUCAUCACGGUUCAGGAUUGCGACCCGACUGACGACGAGGGUCAGGCAAAGCAGAUCUGGUCGGACGCGUGGAAGUUCAACUACCUGUUGCCCAUGGGCGGAAAGAAGCCUGGAUACCCCUUUUCGCUUGUCCGCAACACGGCUCCCCCACCUCAGGCCAUCAGCGCCAUCCCGAACUGCGACGACUGCGACAACAGCGUCAGCUUCACCUUCUGAGCCUCCUUCCAUGAGCGCGAACACACGCCUAUCUAGCCUUGCUUCUUUUCCUUGUAGCCACAUAUAGAUCUUUGCUGUUUUCACUACU